AUGAACCCCACUCCGGCAACGGCAACCACGGCCGUGUCGCAGGAAAGUUCUGCGGCGCCAGAACUCUCCUUUACUCAGGCCUUGGACCAAACGGCACCAGAAGACACCUCCAUCUUCGUUGCUGCCCAGAGAGGCGACGUUGCAACCAUCCGAGACCUGAUACUCUCGGGAAAAGCCCAAGCCACUGACCGAGAUCCACAAAACAUCACUCCUCUCCAUUGGGCUGCAAUCAACGCCCAAGUCCCUGCUUGCCGUCUUCUUCUGGAGCAUGGGGCUGAAGUAGAUGCACUUGGCGGGGAUUUAGUUGCAACACCGCUGCAAUGGGCAGCGCGUGGUGGCUACCUCUAUGUCAUCCAACUUCUCAUUGCUCAUGGUGCCGACCCAACAAUUACCGACUCCCAAGGCUACAACUCUCUUCAUCUCGUCACUCAUUCAUCCAGCAUAAUGCCCCUUCUCUAUCUUCUUCACCAACCAGUCGGAGUCGAUGCUCGUGACGCUCAAGGCCAUACGGCCCUGAUGUGGGCAGCUUACCAGGGCGAUGCCCUUAGCGUUGACCUUCUGCUGCGACAUGGCGCAUCUCCGACUACUGUUGACGACGCCGGCUUGACACCAUUACAUUGGGCGGUUGUCCGCGGGAACAGGGUUUGCAUCAGACGUUUAAUAGAGAAGGGUGCAGUAUUGAGUGCUAAAGAUAGCGAGGGUCGGACUGCGAGGGAUAUGGCUCAAGAGCUAAAGAGCUUGGGUGCGUGGAAGCGGGCCUUGGAAGAGGGUGGUUGGGACGAUGAGGGCAGGAAACGACCACGGCCACUUAGCGAAAGAAACACCCGGAUUGCGAUCUUUGCGCUGCCGACACUCGUCUUCUACCUGGUCUUCAAAACCUUGGCGAUUCUUCCGUGGUAUACAGGGGUCUUGCUGGCGUUUGCAGAGUUCUUUGGAAUGCACCAUAUUGUUACCCGUGUUUUGCUCAACAAGUCGAGCUAUACCGAGAAUCUGGGGACAACACCAUACUUUGCCGGUGUCAUUUGUGGAUCGAUGAUCUGGGUGCUCUACGCUUGGUUUAGCAGGCUGGUUUAUCAUACCCCUUCGCACUCCCUCGCCCAUCUUGGUUUCGCUUUGACCUUCAUGCUCUGUGCUUAUAAUUUCUUCCGUGCCGUUACCCUCGACCCUGGCGUCUGCCCAGUCCCAAAUUCUGAUGCUGAGCUCAAGUCAAUCAUCGAAGACCUUGCUAGUGAAGGGCGGCUCAAUGGUCAAACCUUCUGUGUCCAAUGUAUGGCGCGGAAGCCAUUGCGAAGCAAGCACUGUCGAAUUUGUGAGCGGUGUGUUGGGAGGCAUGACCAUCACUGUCCAUGGGUAUGGAACUGCGUUGGUGCAAAUAAUCACCGCCAGUUUGUCAUCUUCGUGUCCACCCUUGUGCUUGGCGUGAUCCUAUUCGACUACCUCACCUAUUCAUUCUUCUCCUCUCUCGAUCUCACCGCUCUGCCGGAUUCGAUUCCCUCAGCUGAGCCAUCCGCUUCCUGUGUCCUCCCGACGUCACUUUGCGCGCUGACUGCUAUCGAUCCUUUCCUCGUCAGUGUUGCAAUCUGGGCAACCCUCCAACUCAGCUGGACAUCAAUAUUGCUCGCUUCUCAGUUGUGGCAGAUUGCCAGACAAAUGACGACGCUUGAAGUGAGCAAUCUCGGACGGUAUGGGUUCAUGGGUGGCCGAGGCGGGCUGGGCGGUGGUCAGAUGGGACAGUCUGCUGCUCGGAAUGGCGCGAGUCCCGAAACUCCGGAGGCUGGCGCUCCCCAUACACACUCACACGGUGGAUGCUCUGCAUUUUUCAUGUCGAUCCUCGGUCUUGACCGGUUUACGCGUGGCCGGGCUGUCGACGGGCUUGCGCGGGCCGGGACGGCCCGGAACCCAUUCGACCUUGGUGUCGUCAAAAAUUGCCAGGACUUCUGGAGUAAAGGGCGGGAGCUCGGUGUGCAAUACGAAAGGCUAUAUGAUGUGCCGCUGGAGGGCUUCGCGGAGGCCAAGCGGCGGAGAGAGCAAGAGGAGAUGGCGGAUGGGGGUGACGAGGCGGGGGCGAAAGCCAGGCAGCAGUGGCGGCCUGUUCACCGCGCUGGGUUUGCGAAUGGGCAGGAGUCGAGGCGGGUACGAGCCGCUCAGUCAGGUUUGAGGACGGGGUUCCCUAUUUAUCACCGUGUAUCGCCAUAA